AUGGCUUCAUCAACCUCCCAACCGCAAGCAGACACCCUAAUCCGCGCCGGCACAAUCGAAACACUCCAACCCGGCAUGCCACCACAGCGCUCUAUAGCCCUCCUCUCUGGCCGCAUCAUCGCACUCUCCGAGGACCCAGCCGGCCUAGACGACUUCAUCGGCAGGGAGACCCAAAUCAUCGACGUACCAGACUCCACAGUCCUCCCCGCAUUCACAGAUACGCAUACCCAUCUCAUUCUCGCUGGUCUGACCUAUUUCGACGUCCCAGUCAAUGACGUAAAGAGCCUAGAUGAGCUGUUUGCAAGAUUGAAGAAGCGGGCGAGCGAGACGAAAGAGGGGGAGUGGAUUUGUACGGCGACGGAUUGGUUGGAGUAUAAUAUCAAGGAGCAGAGACUGCCGACGUUGAAGGAACUCGAUGCAGUGUCUACCAAACAUCCCAUCAUGGUUAUGCGCGGUGGACAUAACGUCGUCGUCAACUCAGUCGUUGCGAACCUGCUGAACGUAACAUCCGACACGCCAUCACCACCCGGCGGCCUCAUCGGAAAAGAAGCAGACGGAAGUCUAUCCGGUCUCUUCCAAGACUCAGCCACCGUCCCCAUCCUCAAACUAAAACCCUCCACAACCCUCCCAGAACGAAUCGCAGGACUAGAAGCCGCAUCCGCAGCCUACGCCGCAACAGGCACAUCCAGCGUCCGCGACUGCUACGUCCCGCUCCCGGACCUAGACGCCCUCAUCGCCACGCACUCCGCCGGAAAACUUGCCGUGCGCGUCCACGCCCUGAUACCCGCCGUAGGCAUGACCACCGCCUCCCAAGUCGAAUCCCUCCUCUCCGCCAUGGAAUCAUACCGGCAUAUGCAAACAGACCCCUACCUCUCCGUCUGGGGCGUCAAGUUGAUGGUCGACGGCGGCAUGGAAGCAGGCGCUGUAUCUGAACCUUUCCUGGAGAUACCCCCCGGCCGCGAAAAAGACGCAAAUUGCAAUUGCUGCGGGUUGCCUAGUUACCACGGUAUGCUCACGUGGGAGAAACCCGCCCUCAUCGAGGCCAUGACCGCAGUCGUACGUCGAGGCUGGAAAAUAGGAACACAUGCGUAUGGCGACCGGGCAGUGAAAUUGGUGUUGGAUGUGUACGAGGAACUCAUGCAUCGCUUUCCUUACUUACAGCCUGGAACACUGGUUAUGGAACAUGGGGGUUUGGUGUCGCCGAGUGAGCAGAAACGUGCUGUGGGGUUGGGUAUUGCGACAACGAUUCAACAUCCGCUUCUCCAUAAUGCGGCGGGGAUACAGGAGGUAUACUGGGGCCGCGAUCGCGUAUCUCGCACUUUCCCCGCGCGGACGUGGCUGGAUGCUGGGGCGCUGAUAGCUGGCGGGAGUGACUAUCCUGUUGGUAGUUUUGCGGCUAUGCGGUCGGUCUGGGGGAUGGCGAGCCGUGAGACUGUGAAUGGGGUGACGGGGGUUGAGCAUGCGAUUACCGUGGAGGAAGCGGUUGCGUUGCAUACUACUAAAGCUGCGGAAUUACUGAGGGAGGAGGGGGAGAGGGGACGGCUUUUACCGGGGUUUGUGGCGGAUUUGGCAGUUUGGGGGGUUAAUCCGCUUAAGGUGGAUGACUUGGAGGUGCUGAAAGACAUGAUGCCUAAUCAUAUCUCUGUGGGGAAGAAGUUUGUAGCACUUUAG